AUGGCGUUCUUGUUGCAGCAAGCAAGAAGGGUGGCGUUUGACUCCUCCAACAAAUCACCCGAACGUGGCCCUGCUUCAGGAAUCCAGCGACUAAAGCGUUCGGCUCCUUUGUCCCUUUUCGUCCAAGCUCUGGAAAAGGAUGGCUGUGUGAUCAUCAGCGACUUUACAGAUGUGCAAACGCUGAGGCAAGCCGACGAUGAGGUCAGGCCGUGGCUGGAGCAUGAAGACGAGGGAGCAGUGGUUGGCGCCUUACAGGGCAAAACUAGGACAGUCACCCGGUUGAUUGGCAGAAGCCCGACGGUGCGUGAGAAGUUCUUCGCCGACCCCAUAUACCAGGACCUGUGCGAGCAUUUUCUCGCCCUGGAAACGACACAUUGGUAUGGAAACGAACCUUUGACCACGACCAGCCACCCGCUGCUGUCCAUAUCCAUCACCUUCGAUAUUCCACCGGGUACACCUGCCCAGGGACUCCAUCGCGACGACAAGAACCAUCAUGCUCGUCACAGCAACGCCGAGUCAUACCAGAAAGGUCGCGAUAUGCUCCUCGGUCUGUUUGUUCCUGCGUGCAACACUUCCAAAGCGAACGGGGCCACGCGGGUAGUUCCGGGUAGUCACCUAUGGGGCGACGAAAUGCCAGACUUUGGUCACGACGGGACUAAGGGGGUGAUCGAUGCUGAGAUGCAGAUGGGGGAAGCGUUCAUCAUGCUUGGCUCUCUCUACCACGGCGGCGGUGCAUACGAAAAGCCACUUGGAACGACUAAGGAAGGAGCGCGCGAGAGCCGAACAGUCCACGCCAUGUUCUCCUGCACUGGGGUGCAUCGGCAAGAGGAAAUCUCAUUCUUGUCUUACCCCAUCGAGGAUGUCAAGACGUACUCGAAAAUCGUCCAAGAACGCCUUGGUUGGAAGCAGAGUGAGCCGAACUUGGGCUGGGUGGAUCUCAAAUCCCCAGAUUAUUUGCUUGCACCGUAA